AUGGGGACGUUCGUGCCUCGACCGGUCUACCCGCACCUGUCCUCGAUCCCGCGAUCCUAUUACCUAGGACACCAUGCCGCUGGACUGGCCAAGAUGAAGUCCAUUGUAGCGCAGAUUGACAUGGUCAUCGAAUGCCGCGAUUAUCGUACACCGAUUGUGUCCCGCAACCCCUUAUUCGAAGCCAACCUUGGUGAACGUCCAAGAUUGAUUGUCUAUACGAAACAAGACCUGGGAAGUAAUUCGUCGGCUGAAGACAAACAGAGAGAAGCUAUUGUCCGGAAAUGGGAUGCCCCGUCGACCUCGUUCUUCACCGAUGUGAAAUCUCGAUCUACCAUCAACAAGGUCCUCGACUUUGCGAGGGCGCACUCGAACGAGUCGACUUCCCUUUUCGGUACUCGUCUCAUGGUCGUCGGUAUGCCCAACGUCGGCAAGUCGUCUCUUCUCAACGCUCUGCGGAACGUCAGCCUGGGGAAACGGAAGGCUGCGAGAACAGGAGACCAGCCAGGCGUGACACGGAAGAUCGGGACCAGCGUCAAGAUCCUCGAAGGAGAAAACGGCAAGGAGGGAGUUUAUGUUCUCGAUACACCUGGUGUUUUCGUCCCAUACGUCCCCGACGCCGAGAGUAUGCUCAAACUCGCUUUGUGCGGGAGCGUUAAGGACACAAUCAUCCCUCCGACCACGAUCGCAGACUAUCUGCUCUUCCAUCUGAACUUGCGCGACGCGACGCUGUACGAGAUGUACUCCGAACCGACCAAUGACAUUUACGUCGUGCUAGAAGGUCUCGCAAGGAAACAAGGCCGGUUGAAGAAAGGAGGUCUUCCAGAUUUCGAAUCCUCAGCGCUGCAAUUCAUCCAGCGAUGGCGGAGUGGACAGAUGGGUCGAUUCGUGCUGGAUGAGGUAACAGAUGAUGCGCUUCUCCAACGAAGCGAACAGCUUAACUUGUACGGCGGAAGCAUGAACCAAGCCCGCAAAGCGGCAAAGCAGUUGCGCAAAGAAGCAUAUUUGGGUGGAGGUUGA